UUGACUGGUUUGUACGUACAACUCGCGAGGCCUUUGCUGGCUUGCUCGCAAUCCACAUGUUACUUCCGAAUGUUGCCGUUGCAGUCGUUGUACAUUAAGGACUUUAGUCGCUUGUUUAUUUAAUGUACUAGAAAAGCUGACAUGCAAAACGCAUGAUCGUCACGUUCUCACGAGGUCUAGCGAGCGAAGUUAUUAGCUACUUGCUAGCUAGAUCAAGGAACGGAACUGAAUGUAACGUUAUAGUUUGCUAGUGUGUUAGUUACAAAGGUGACACCGCCAGGUUAGCGAGCUAGAACGGAACUGGCUAACACUGCCUCGCCAAAAGGCCCUUGUUAAUAGCCUGUGCGUUAGGAUCGCCUGUUUAUUAAUUGAACAACAAAUACACACGAAGAGAAAAACUGCAGAACAGAUAGCUAUCUAGAGCUUUUUUUGGUCGCUGCGGUAACUGCAAAUAUGCAGUGGAAUCUUUACUGGACUGUGGAAUUUGUUUUUGUCAGUCUAAACCAUAUAGUCAGCUAGCUAAUCACUAGCUAGCCAUCAAAUUAGUCAACUAUUCACCAACCAAGAACUCGAUAGGUAGCUAACGUUACCUGUAUACCUCACAGCAUGAAGCUUUUUAGGUUGUUAAUGAAAAACGGCCCAAUCGGGAAGCAUAUUGAUUACUACUCCAGAUUUUCUCCUUCACCGCUCUCUAUGAAACAGUUUUUGGAUUUCGGGUCAGAGAAUGCAUGUGAAAGAACUUCGUUUGUGUUCCUGAGACAGGAACUUCCCGUAAGGUUGGCAAAUAUAAUGAAGGAAAUAAAUUUGCUGCCAGAUAAUUUGUUAAAGACGCCGUCAGUUCGCCUGGUCCAGAGCUGGUAUGUGCAGAGUCUGCAGGAUAUCCUUGAGUUUAAGGAUAAAAAUGCUGAUGACGAUAAAGUCACAUAUGAUUUCACAGAUGCAGUGAUAAAGAUACGGAACCGUCACAAUGACGUAAUUCCUACCAUGGCACAAGGAGUGGUGGAAUAUAAGGAGGCCUAUGGGACGGACCCAGUGACCAGUCAGAAUGUGCAGUACUUCCUGGAUCGCUUCUACAUGAGCCGAAUAUCCAUCAGGAUGCUGAUCAACCAGCACACCCUGCUCUUUGGGGGAAAGAUCAGAGUUAACCCUGCACACCCUAAACAGAUAGGCGGCAUUGACCCACACUGCCGCGUAGCUGAGGUGGUGAAGGAUGCAUAUGAAAAUGCACGGCGACUUUGUGACUUGUACUACAUGAACUCGCCAGAGUUGAUACUGGAAGAAUUCAAUGUUAAAGAAAAGGGAAAGCCAAUAACAGUGGUCUAUGUACCAUCCCACCUCUACCACAUGGUGUUUGAACUUUUCAAGAAUGCCAUGCGAGCCACCAUGGAACUCUACGGAGAUGCUCUGGAGUACCCUGCUGUCCAUGUUCGCAUCGCGCUGGGGACAGAGGACCUGACGGUCAAGGUAAGUGAUCGUGGAGGGGGUGUGCCCUUGAGGAAGAUUGACAGGUUAUUUACCUACACCUACUCCACUGCCCCGCGGCCACGGAUGGAGACCACACGGGCUACCCCUCUGGCUGGCUACGGUUAUGGUCUUCCCAUCUCUCGACUGUAUGCAAGAUACUUUCAAGGUGAUUUAAAACUGUAUUCCUUGGAGGGCUAUGGCACGGAUGCUGUCAUAUACAUCCGGGCAUUAUCCACUGAGUCUAUAGAAAGGCUCCCAGUCUACAACAAGUCAGCGUGGAGACACUACAAGACCAUGCAUGAGGCAGAUGACUGGUGUGUGCCCAGCAAAGAACCCAAGGACAUGACCACAUUUCGCAGUUUCUAGUUCUACAGGUUGUCUCAGGGCAGCAGACAGGAUAACUGCCACUGUUUAUGGUGUCAUGGUGUUGAGCCAGGAAGAAUUAACACUUGUGUGUUGAUAGCAUCAUUGCUGAACAAAGGUCAAUUCCACAAGCUUAAUUUGGAAUAGCAGCUAUUGAAAGUUUUUAAAAUAUGCUCCAUGUUACAGUAAACCUGCCCUGUGACUUACAAAUGCUAUCAUUGCACUGUGGAUUGCUUUUGUAGAAUUCAGAUUUAAAUUGAAAUGUACAGUACACCAGCAUUUCUUUUAGGUGUUGUGUUAAAGCGGAUUUGGGUUUGAGUUUUUUUUUUUUUUUUGUAGUGUGGCUUUUAAAAACAUUUCAUAGUAUGGCAUUACUGUUACUUUACAGUUUUUACACAUUUGACAACACAGGGAUAAUAUGACUAAAUUGGAGUGUCUCAUUCAUUUAUGUGGCUCAUCAUUUUCAAACUCUAUUAAUAGUACAAAAUACUGGUCAUCAGCUGCUAGAGCCACUCCCAUAUUAGAGUGCAUGCAUUAUCUUAGUAUGACAGAAUUACUGAACAAUUUGGCUUCAAAUAGUUUUUGUGACUAAAUUGUGCAAAACUAAGCUCUUUUAAAUGGGCACAAAAGGAACCUUGAACAUAAAUGGCCACAUAAAGGACCUCAAUGGGACCAGAGGUGAAGAUACGUAAAAGGUUGGAUAAACCUGUAAAAAUUAAAAUAAGAAUUACAGCUGACAAUUUUAAAAUGUGGAAAUGCCGAAAUGAAUCCACUCAACAAACCAUUUUGGGAAGGCUUUUGCCAAAAACGUUACAGUAUUAAAUAUUUUUGGCUGGAACAGCGGGGCCAGCCCUACAAACGUGAAUGUCUGUGACUGACUGAUAAAGUUACCCCGUGCAUGUCUGUGAUGUUGGCCGGUUCGGUCCAGCCAUAUACUAGGUUUUAACCUGGUCUAGUUCAGUCUAAAAUGGCCAUGACAUAGCAAUUUUUUAAAAAUUAAAUGAACCUAAUUGUAACUCAUUGUUGCAGAAUUGGUCUGUGUGUAAUGCAAGGAAUAAGCAACAUGUAAGCUGUCAUAGUUACAGUAUGAGGUGAUUUGGUGCACUAUUUGGAAAUGGUCGGGAUUAUACAAAUUUUAAAGAUUCAUUAAUCCUCGUUUGAUGACAUCUUAAAAAUAAAAAGUGAGGUCCAGUAGUCCCAGCUUGUGCCCAGAGUCCAAAUUUGAACGUGAAAUAAAUGUACUGCAAUACUGCACUCACACAGGCUAAAAGCUGGCACUUCGCCAGGCUAUCCAUCUAGAUUAUAAAUUGACAUUAACAUUUAAAUGAGGGUAUUAGAUAAUCCUCACAGGAUGUGGUUAUGCACGAGGCCUCUGCAUUGGCAUAGAUGGCUAAAAUGGAAGUGUUUAUUCAAGAUGAGGAGUAUUGAGCUUUUGGCACCUUCACCAUGUAUUUGUUCACAGUACAGGUAUUUUAACUGCUGCUCAUAUUGGGCUCAUGUCCAUAGUUCCCAAUCAGUCAUAUUCAUAGUGCCAAAUCAGUACAAAUAUAACUAUAAGGGACAAUUCCAAGUAUGCCUUAGAUGGUAGUUUUUUAUUUAAAAAAUUCACUUGUGGUAUGCACUUUUGUUGCACGACCACAAGGUACACAUGCCAGUAUAAAGUGUUUGUGGUUCCAACUGGAAGCUUAGAAUUUUGUACAUAGGACCAUGCAGUCAUACAUUUAAAAAACUUGGCUUCUAGAACUGUAGAAUUUAUUUAAAUAAGGGGUUAAAUACUAUGAAAAAAUCUGAACAGGUAAAUCACUAGUUCACUACAGUAUGACAUUUUUGGGUUAUGAAAAAACCCUACAGUUAUGUGAUAAUGAUAAUCUAUUGAAACUGCAGCCAAAUGUGAAAUGAGCUCUCAAAGGUUGUGUGUGUGUACUUGUUCUUGUUCAGUUCAGCUCUGGUCUUGCAUGUUUAAAGUGAAAUUCAGCACUAUUUUGCUUAAUUUUCUGAUUUUGAAAAAUUAAACACUCUUGUUGUUG